GGAACAUGGAUUACGUGUCCUUGGUUCAACUCGGAUUGUUUAGGAUGAAGCACACUCCUGCGGAAAUCGUCUUUCAGUAUCGUUAACUAACCAUAACUUUCGCUUAACUCUUUGCUUGGAUUUAUCGUCAGUAUUGAGGAGCUGACGCCUCCGUGAUGAAGCUGAAGGAGCUGGAGAGCUGCCUCCAACAGGUGGACGUGUUUGAGGAGCCCAAACUCCUCCUGGAGCAGUAUCCAACCAGCCCGCACAUCGCAGCUUGCAUGCUUUACACGAUCCACAACACGUUUGACGACCUUGAGGGCAAACUGGUGGCGGACCUGGGCUGCGGCUGCGGCGUCCUGAGCAUUGGAGCAGCGAUGCUUGAUGCUGGGUUGUGUGUCGGCUUCGACAUCGAUGGCGACGCGCUGCAGAUAUUCAGCAGGAACACAGAGGAGUUUGAGAUUGCCAACAUAGAUCUGGUCCAGUGUGACCUGUGCUCUGUGGACGCGGACGUUUACGCCCAAAAGUUUGACACUGUCAUCAUGAAUCCGCCUUUUGGAACAAAGCACAACCAAGGUAUUGACAUGAAGUUCCUCAGGGCCGCCUUAACCAUGGCAAAUAAAUCAGUGUAUUCACUUCACAAGACAUCCACAAGACAACACAUACAAAAGAAAGCGAAUGAAUGGGGAGUGAAGAUGGAAGUAAUUGCAGAACUAAGAUACGACUUACCAGCAUCUUACAAAUUCCACAAAAAGAAGUCGGUCGACAUUGAAGUGGACUUUCUACAGUUCUCCAAAACGUGAAGCUUUCACUGGAAUGGAUUUAAGAAUCAAGUCAUCUCUUCAUUUUCACUGUAUAUAAUGUUUUUCAAAAAAAUAAAAACAAAA